AUGUUAUCUUGGAACACCCUUUUGUACAUGAUUGCCAUCACACAAAUCCUCACUUUUUCUUACUCUAUUAUGAAUCACGCAGCCAACCCAACCCCGACCCUCCGCUUUGGCUUGGAGAUUGAACUUCUCCUCGGCCCUCGCAAAAAAGGUCCCUCUCACUCCAGCUGGAAGUCCCUUGCCAAAGACCUCAGCAAACGCCUAGCCAAAGCCGGCAUCCCAAACCACGUCAACGACUCCAAUGACAAAUCCGCUCACAACUACCGCGAGUGGUCCAUCACUCAGGAAGUGACUAUCCCCAGUCAGCCAGGAAAGAACCUCUGUAUGUUCUCGUCUCCCCCGUCCUCUCCCCCCUCUCCACAAACUUCUCCCCCACCCUCGCCACCAUCUUCUCCCUCCUCCACACGCACUACACCGUCUUCCCCUCCCCCCACUGCUCAACCCACGUCCACCUCUCCCAGUCCUACCCCUCCCCUUUCACCCCCUUUGACCUCGCAUCCCUUGCCAAAUCCUGCCUCUACUUUGAAGCCAGUCUCGACCGGCUCUUCCCCUCCUCCCGCGGGGAGGGCUACUGGUGCCAAUCCAAUCGACGGUGUGGUGGAGGCGAUGAAUUUGUUUCCAAAAGAGUCUGCUUAUGCGAGGGCGCAUGGGUGGAAGAAGGAUAGGGUUAGGGGGAAGGUGUACAAGUGGGACUUCACUGGGAUGCUGUCGGCGCCGGUGAAUAAAGGGGAGCGGCAGCCUCGGGGCACGAUCGAGUUCAGACAGCCGCCUGGGAGCGUGGUUGCUGCUGAGGCGGAGGGGUAUGUGAUCCUCGCGUUGGCGUUUAUUGUCGGGGCGCUGGCCUAUGGGUCGAGCCUCAGGGUAGAAACUGUGGGAGACAAUGAACACGGGGGGAGUAUGGAAGAGCUCUGGGCUCUGUUGGUGGCCGGGGGAAGUGUGUUGGGGUGGGAUAGUCUUGAUGAAGUGGAGGGUUUCUUUGCCAGGGUGGUGUAA